AUGGCACGAAGAGGAGUUCAGCUGGACCGGGGAAGCUUUGCAUGUUCCAUCUGUCUGGAUCUACUGAAGGAUCCGGUGACUAUUCCCUGUGGACACAGCUACUGUCUGAACUGUAUUGAAACACACUGGGAUGAAGAAUCCAGCUGGAAAAACCACAGCUGUCCUCAGUGCAGGAAGACCUUCACACUGAGACCUGUCUUGGUUAAAAACACCAUGUUAGCAGAUUUAGUGGAGGAAGUGAAGAAGACUGGACUCCCAGAAAGGACUGAGUGGCAGAAAGAGCUGGAGGAGCUGGAAGCUAUCAAUCACUCUGCUGAUAAAACAGUGGAGGACAGUGAGAAGAUGUUCACUGAGUUUAUCCAUCUCAUGGAGAAAAGACGCUCUGACUUGACUUGCUUCAGUUUUCUGCUGGGAUCUGACCUGCUGCCUCGAGUCAAAGAGCUUCAGGAGAAGCUGCAGCAAGAGAUCACUGAGCUGAAGAGGAAAGAUGCUGAACUGAAGAAACUCUCACACAGAGGAGAUCAAACCCAGUACCUACAAAACUACCCCUCAGUGUCGCAACUCAGUGGAUCUACAUCCAGCAUCAAUAUCUGUCCAAACAUCAAGGAUGCGACAAUGGCUGUGUCAAAAGUCGGAGAUAAACUUCAGGAACUUCUGAGAGAGGACAUCUCACUGACAGUGACAGAAGUCCUGAGUAAAGAGAGUCUGACUGGACGUUGUUACUGGGAGGUGGAGUGGAAAGAAGCAGGAGUUGGUGUUGCAGUUGCAUACAAGGAUAUCAGCAGAGCAGGCAGCUCGGAUGAAUGCAGAUUUGGAUUCAAUGACAAAUCUUGGGCUUUAAGAUGUGAGGGAGACAGUUGUGAAUUGUUGUACAGGAAUAUAAAAACUCCCAUCUCAGGUCCUCCAUGCUCCAGAAUAGGAGUGUACCUGGAUCACAGUGCAGGUAUUCUGUCCUUCCACAGCGUCUCUGAAACCAUGAAACUCCUCCACAGAGUCGAGACCACAUUCACUCAGCCUCUCCAUGCUGGACUUCGGCUUCUUAACUAUUCUUCUGGAGUUGCUGAGUUCUGUAAACUGUAA